AUGGCGUACUACCAGCAACAUAACUCGGAUCCCUCGUACUUCACAGAAGGUCACGAAGAACCCCAGCGGCCGCGCAUGGGCACUCGGGACGCUGCUAAGAUGAUUGCGAGACAAAGACAAGAAAUCAUCGCUAGUGAGCUUUCCCGCAUCGCCGGCGACGAAUACUUGGAGGACAUGAUGAAGCACAUGAGGCACAUGGAGGAUGAGACGAUGCCUGACGCCAAUCUCAUUGACAUGCAACGCGAGAUUCAAUGGUACAUGAGACCCUACCUCAUCGACUUCCUCAUCGAAGCCCACGCCGCCUUCGCCCUGCUCCCCGAGACCUUGUUCCUGACCGUCAACCUCCUCGACCGGUACUGCUCGAAACGCGUCGUCUACAAGCAACACUACCAGCUCGUCGGUUGCGCCGCCUUGUUGAUCGCUGCCAAGUAUGGAGACAAGAAGGACCGCGUGCCUCAAAUCCACGAGCUCAACAACAUGUGCUGCGGCUUGUACGACGCUGGAAUGUUCACCCAGAUGGAGAUGCACGUGCUUAACACGCUCGAGUGGACCAUCGGCCACCCCACCGUCGACUUCUUUACCCAGCUCAUCGUUGCCGAGGAGCAUGACAAGGUCGACGUCGAGCACAUGGCCGCCUACAUCUGCGAGAUCGCCCUGUACCACCGCGAUUUCGUCUCCACCAAGCCCUCCAUCAUGGCCCGCUCAUCGCUGGCUCUGGCGAGAGCCAUCCUGGGCGAGCCCGAGAUUAACGAUGGAGAGUGGGACCACGUCGAGAACGUCACCCUCCUGACCCUGUCCCAGCACCUGCACAGCCCAUCGGUCGCCCUCGCAAGGAAGUACGCCUCGCAGCACCUCUCGGGCGUCGCCAAAAAGCUCGCCUCCUUCAUGGCCCACCAGGCCAGCAUCGCCCGCGCCCAGUCGGGGGGGCCUCCGAGUCCGCCUUGUGAGUCCGCCUCAAAACAUGCCGACAUCUACAGCACCCCCCACAAGGGCCACGGAGCCGUCCAAGGAAUAGUUGAAGGCUACAUGACGCCUCCCAUCACCCCCGACGGCGCUGCCUACGGCGCCGUUGCCAAGGACGCCUAUCCGAUGCCCCCGAGAUGUCCCGUUACCCCGACCCCUCAAUCGAAUACGACCGCGUACGUGCAGCAACAGGUGCAACAACAAUACGCCCCGUUUGUCCACCAACACACGGCAGGCCACAACAUGGCCUAA